CGGGGAUCAGAAACAUUCAUCUGGCGUCUACUUAAUCUGCUGUUUUUCUGUGUCUCCAUCCCGUAGUACCCAGAUCAGAUGACACCAAGGCUCUGUGAGGGAAGGAAAACGGCGGGCAGACAAAAUGUACAACGGGGAAGGUUUUGUUGACAGGUGUAACUGUGUGAAAGUUGAGGACGAUUUUGACAGUGGUGAUCUGGGCUUGGGUUCGGGAUUGAGACCUGGGGGGUUCGCUGGCUCUCCUGCUAAGUUACCCUUGUUCUCCUUACCCUCGGGCCACACUGACCCGCCAAAAUCUGACCACAACCUGAACCACACAGACUGUCAGUCAGGUAGCACACAGUAUCAAACUCAAAGGAGAAACUCUUCAGAAAAGGAAAAGAAGGGAAAAUUAAGCCGACUGUUUUCUCGUUCAUCAAGUCGAUCCAGCAGAAAAUCAAGUGACGAUCAGGAACAGUUGGAAGGGGAAUUCGACAGCAGAGAAGAGGCUUUUCCAUCCUAUGCAGAUAUCCCCUAUGGGACAUCAAUACGCCAACAGAAACUUCUUUUUGAACAAGACUUAGGGCAUUUAUUUCACCGAAAAGUUCCAGUGAAUGAUACAGCAGAGUCGGAUUCCUUAACAUCAGACCCUAAUGAAAAGCAACCCAGCAGUCUAAAGGCAGAUGAGAUUGAAAGGAAAUUGCUCCAAGCCAACCAGGAGGUGGAAGAGUUGCAACUGGAGCUGGAGAACUGUCAAAGGAGAUUGGAUGCCAAGUACAGAGCUAUUGACAUCCUCAAACAACAGGCUGAACAAGCAGAACAAAAGACAGAAGAACAUGAGAAACAGACAUCAGAGUACAGCCAUCAACUGGAAAGGGAUGCAGAGAAGGUAAUUAAGAUAUCAUUUUUUGUUUUAAAGUUUGGGAAUGGUUUAUCUUAUAGUGUAGAUUUUGAGGAUAUAACAGAGCCACCACAAUAUGAUCACUCAUCCUGUGAAAACUGUAACACAGAAUGCCAUGCAUAUUGUACUAAUUGUGGCUCUUUGUAUGCUUGUUAUGCAGAUUAUCAUAUUGCAUACAAUACUGUGUUACAGGAAAUCAACCACUUACAAUUUGUGCUGGAUUACCACCAGUCUACUAUGCUUAACAGCCAGAGGACAUGGGCUGCACGCUUUGAUAGCUUUUGUUUGAUUAUAGAUGAUGCUAACAUGCUCACUGCUGGUGGUGGGGAGGUUUACUAUGUGACUGGUGAUGGGUUAGCAGAGCACUUUGUUCUGCCUGGGGACACUGAUUAUAGACAGGAAGGACUAGCUGAGGAACAGUACUAUAACAGAGCAUGUCAGGAGAACUCCAAUCUACUGGUGACCUUGAGAAACAGGUCAGAGGAGCUGAGGCAGGUCACAGCCAGGAACAUGGCAUUACUGAGAGAGCGUGAAGAGUUACUGGCCCUGUUAGAUGUGCAGGAGAGGCAGCAGUAUGAGAAAUCUCGCACAUCUGUGUCUGAGGAUGACUAUAACCACUUCACAUCAGCUGAGCUGGCAGUACUUGGAGCAUGUGUUUGUCGAGGAAGACGUCCAGAACCCUGUGGUUGUGCCCUGGCAGCAGCGAAUAUGCGCAAAGAGAUUGUCAAGUUAAGAGAAGAGAUAGACCUCAGCAAACAGAGGACAGAUGAAGCCUACACUACAGUGGAGGCUUACAGGAUAGCCUUUGAAGAACAGAUUCUUCGCAACAAGGAGCUUGGAGGGAAACUGGCUGAAAUGUGCACACCCAGCAACAGUAAAACAAAAGGCAGCAAAGCUAAAAAUGUCAUCAAGUGGAUUAUUAAGGGCCUAAAUGAAGAUGAUUUCCCCAGAAAUCCUGAGUCCCAAAGUGAGUCAACCAAUCAUGUGACUCUGCUGACAAGCGACCUUGACCUCAGUCACUGUACUGACAGGGAGUUACUAGUAAUGCUGCUGGAAAUGAUUAAUGAAAGAAGAGAAUUAUGUGCUCAUCAAAAAGUUGCAGCAAAAAUAUUGGCUAAGAAAAAUCAAGAACUUGAAAGUAAACUGGCAGCCAGUGGGGAUAAUUUAGACACUUGACAGCUGAUAACAGCCUAUCAAUAAGAGUGUUAUAUCUAUGGUUAUUACCUCCUGCCUGCCAUUAAUAUCCAGAAGGUUACAGGUUACAAUCAUACCGAACUUUAUUUUUCUAAUGAGCUUUACACAAAUGUGUAUCAUGUGAUUGUGAAAUACCCUUGAUUGAAAAUUGCCAGUAUAGUUUAUGUUAUAAGUAUACAAUGCUUGUUCUUUUAAACAAUGCCCAGUGCCUUGUGUGUUCAGGUUGGUCACAAUACCUCUUACAUGGACUACUGUUCAUGUGUACUUAAUCCUAGCUUUAGAUUUGCUUUAGUUAUCUUUACCAAAGAUAUCCUGAAUGGGAAUAAAGUGACUGUCCAUGUAGUGUGACACAUACAUAUACUUGAUAUCCACUGGCCUCUGUUUUAACAGAGGAACGUUCAUUCACACUUGUAACAAAGGUUAAUGGAGAGCUGCUGGUUUGAACAUAAACUUAUUAGGAUAUGGAUCCAGAUUCUGUUUUCUGUUUUCAUACCAUCGGAAUUUGGCAAAUGAAAACUGGAUUUAUCCAGUGAUGACAAAACAUUUCUCCAGUGAAAAUUAUCCUUCAGUGGCAAUGAACAUAGUUUUAUAUGUUUUCUUCUUUAAAUUUUGUUGUUAUGUCUAUGGUCCAUAACUUAUACUUUUGUGUAUUUAUUUGAGAAAUGAUGUCUUGUAUGUGUACAGUACAAGUAUUUUAUCUCAGAUUCUCACAAGUUACUGUCAGGUUUCCUCACUUCAUGUCAGAGAUUGUGCCUGCUGAUGCCUUCAUGUACAACACACAAUCUUUUCUCCCGUGUUGUUGGUGCUGUCAGACACCCAGUAUUCAGGCUUAGCCUUAUGGAUAUUGCAGAUAGGGAUCAGAGUGUUACAUGUAAAUAUAUGUGAGCUUAAACUACCUGUGACACCGUACCCGGUGUUACUAGUUAGGAAGAUAUCAACAGUUAACUAUCCAUGAAAUAAUUUGUCUAGUUCCAUUUGUUAAAUAUUCUGAAAAAAGCUUCCUGAAAGUGUGUUAGAUACAUGCACAUUUAUGUAAACCACAGUUUGGUAUAAAAUCAUUAUUUAAUUUUUACACAAAAUAUUGCCUGUUUACAAUUGUAUUACAUUAUAUUUCUUUUAUAUUACAUGUACUUUAUAUUAGGUACUGAAGAACAUGCAUUUAUUACUGCUGUAUAGUGGAACAUGUGCUUAUUGCUUCUGUGAGCAAUUUUAAGUGCAAUGUAUAUGUUUAUACUGCUUUCAGAAUUUAAGCAUACGAAACCUUAGGUAAUGUUUUCCAUACCUGUCUGAAAUUUAUCUUGGCAGUAAAUUGAAUCUUAAGUAUUGUUUUGCAUGGAAUGUUUCUCGCAAAAACUUCAACUGAACACUGCAAAGUAUGGUGAUGAUACUAAACACUUUUGUUUCAAGGAAAAGACCUCUAAAAUAUCGAAGUAUUCAUCAUUAAAUAGUCCAUUUAAAACUAUGCAUAAAUAUACUUUCAUUUAUUAGGGUUCCACGCUAGUGUCCUAGAGGGACACUGCUUGAAAUCAUUUGGAUUAUUAUUAUUAUAAUUAUUAUUGUUAUUAUUCAUAGUCAACUAGUAAAAUUACAAUAUCUGGAAAACUGCUAAAGGUAGAAAAACCAAACUUUGAAGUCGUAAUGAGGAACUCAUGAAGCAUCAUUUGACGUUUUGUACUGUUUUACCAGGCGCAUGAUUUAGCAGCCAUUCUGAAAUAUAUUGGUAAGCUAAAAAAAUCUUUUCCAAAACGGCUAAACCUAUCGAGAUAUACUUUUGGUUUACAGUUUUUAGGUGGAUCACCCUACCCAUACAGUAAAAACAUUUUUGGUAUACAAAUCAGGUCAAAACUAUUCACUGAAAUUGGCUAAAAAAUAAAUCAAUUUUUAAAACUGCCUAAAAUCAUUAAACAGACACACUGUCUGGCUCCCCUUGACAUGAAGAUUGCAAACCUGCAAGAAUUAUUUUUGUACUUGUUUUCAUGUUAUGAGCAAAGAAAGAGCAAAAAUUUGACAAAACUGUCCUAUGUAAAUAACCCGGGAACUUCGUGCUAGACUGCAUGAAGCCAUUGACUGCAGUUCACCUGGGAACGGGCAUAAGCUCUGCAACAAUAUAUUCUUGCUGUCUUUUGUCCUGGGCUAUCAAUAGGAGAUCAGAGCCUACUAAUCUCUAUGCUAGUCUUCAGUUCUUGACCAAUGAUGCCCGACAAUCUAGGGUUCAAAUCCUUUCCAUUUUUUUUUUCGUGUUUUUCCCCAUUGUCAUGAACUUUAUGAAUACCAGGCUACCAGAAGUGGUAAAAGGCGAAUACCCCGGCAACACUGUUGCAUAACAGCUUUAAUUUUUUUUAGACUUUUGUGGAAAGAUUUAUAGGUUUUUAAACAUUUGAAUCAUAAGGUGAGCUUUAUGAACCAUACUAUCAGAGGUUAGGAACUCUGAUGUCACAGGUUUUUCCAACUCUAUUGACGACACUGAGGGUUGGAAUGACUCUGUUUACCCAUUAGUAAAAGAUGACUGAAAUAAUAUUCCCCAAAAUUCCUAACUUCUGGUGAACAUCAGAAAAAAAAGGUGAUCUGACGUCAGAGUUUCUAGACACCAUCAGUGUAGUCCAUAAGGCCCACCAUAGUAUUCAAAUAUUUGAAUGCCAACACUCUUAAACAAAAUCUGAAAAAAAAUAAAUAAAAGUACUUUGACGCAUAGUUCUCAUUUGUAUUAUAAACCUUACUUCAUAUUGUAGCUUGCUUUUACUUUAAGCAAAAAACUGUAGAAAGUGUUGUGAAACCUUCCACUGAUAUGCUACAGUUGCGCUUGUGUACCACAAUGUUUCAUGUUAGUCGUCUUGACAAGAUCUGAGCACACAUGACAGCAUUAAAACCAAGGUCAAACUCCACUUGUCAGAUUGUAACAAAUAGAGCUAUACUUCAUGAUCAUACUUGUAUGUGACAUUCUCCUAGCAAUAUUUAAUGAUGUGUGGAAAAAGCAUUGUCGAUGGUGUCAGGGUAUACAUUACAUGUAGUAUCAGUCUUA